AUGUCCCGUAAUCUCAUGGUCUCUUCGUUAUGCUUCUUCCAACUCCUCUUUGCUGGUGGAUAUGCCCAAGGAAUUAUUGGUACACUGCCAUCAGGAAUCUUUGGAGAGAUGGGCGAAUGUCUCAAUGCGGCUUCCGAUGUGUCGACAGCCUUGGAUUGUAUCACACACUUUACCCAAUGCUUUGAUGGCGCUGCCAUUAUCGGAAUCUUUUCUUGUUUGCAAAGUGGUGGUGCCAAUAAUAACAACAAUGGCGAUAAUAUUACACAACAAAUGGAACAUAAGUGUCAUCGUGUCUGUCACCAUAUGCUGUCCUGUGUGGAAGAAGAAAUUCAAGCCAUUCUAAACAGUCUGCCAACUUGCCUCAAUUCCACGGUCGGUAAUAUCGGACAGUGCUUUGUCGACAAUGGUGCAACUUGCAAUUCUACAUGA